CAGCGGACAGGCGGCUCGUCAACACGGCGCCAGGAGGCAGAUCCUUCUGCCCAACUACUGGGAGCGGGGCGGUCCAUCACCCACCGUACACUCAAGCAGAGGAAUACAUUGCAAGAAAAACACUGAAUGUUUUUCCCUUCUUCUUCUGCUGCUGCUUCUUCUAAGAGGUGUUCCGGAAGUACCAUUGUUUUAAUCUCACAGCCCGACCAUUUCGAGGAGGAGAACCAAGGCGGGCAGUAUCAUCAGGAUCUUCUGUUUGAUCCCAUCUUCAAGUCAUCACUACCGGAGCGGCUCUUGGAUACGAGGAGGUCUGUUUUUGUUUUUAGGAGGAAUAAAUAGCCUGCUUCAGGAGAUCCUGUCCCUCGCUCGACGUCCAUCGUUCAGCUGUGUUUGGGUCGGGGUGGACGGAGGAGGGAGAUGGGGAACACGGGCUCUCGGUAGCUUUCGCCUUAUUUUCCACGAGUCGACUAGAAAAUGCAAAUGCAAAGGAUUGUGUUUUGGAUGUCGAGGUGGAUCGCGGCAGGAGAAAGGCUUCAUCGUGGACCCGGGAGCCUACAAAGAGAAUGAGAUAGAGGAUGGGGAUCUGACGCUGGGACAAUUGAAAAGACAAUAGCAUCGUUUUUUUUUUAUAAAGACGUUCCAUUCAAUCUCCGGGCCACCUUUGUGGAUGAUGAUGCUUCUUGACGGGGGUCUGAGAUAUGUCUGCAUGGAUGGAGUCCCUUCGUACCGUGGAUCGUGCCCCUCGUCUCCCCUCUCUCUAGCCGGGUCUCUGCAGCUGAGGGAGGACCAGUGAUGAGACGAGAGCACAGCUGCUGUUAGGCUGUGAUGUUCCGGUGGCUCGGAGGAUAGGACGGUAGCUGUUGACCAGUGAAUAUUAACAGUGAAUAUUAACAGUGUCUCGACUAGAGCUGGAAGGAAAAACAUAUUUCAUACGCAUUGGCUUCAGCACACAUGCCAUCAGUGGGACACAACACCUAAAAGACACCUUUUAGUUGUAGGUUUUCCAUUGAAAUAGCCUACCCCAUGUACGCCUACAAUAUUAUUAUUAAUAAUAAUAAUGAUAAUAACAAAUAUAAUAAUAAUAUAAUGAUGAUAAUAAUAAUUGAAAAUAAUAAUAAACGUACACAUAUUAACGAAAGUAUACAUUGCUAUUGAUCAUUUCAACCCAAACGGUAUUAUUGUGGAGGGUUUGAAGGUCUUUAUGUAGCUAAACAUGUUCAAGUAUCGGAUCCGCAUGUUUUUUAACGAACUGAAGGUCCUGGUUUUUAUGCGAUCCGAUUCGAGAGCGUCCAGCACAGACGUCGAUACACGGUCGACCACCAUGCGAGGACUAGGGAUGGGCGGCUGCGGCUGGCCUCCCUUUGUCGACUGCCAUUCUCGGGAUGAUGAGGAGGAGUACUACGGCAGCGAUCCGCGACCCCGGAGCCUCGCUUUUGAGGAUAAAGACCCCAAACUGCAAUUGGGUCUUGACGCCGUGUCUCUGGCCAGCACCACUAGCAGCCAACGCACGCCACAAUGUCGGAUCUGUUUCCAAGGCCCAGAGCAGGGGGAGCUGUUGAGCCCGUGUCGCUGCGACGGCUCGGUGCGCUGCACCCACCAGCCCUGCCUCAUCCGCUGGAUCUCCGAGAGGGGCUCCUGGAGCUGUGAGCUCUGCUACUUCAAGUACCAGGUCCUGGCGAUCAGCACCAAGAACCCCCUGCAGUGGCAGGCCAUCUCUCUGACCGUGAUCGAGAAGGUCCAGAUCGCCGCCAUCAUCCUGGGCUCGCUGUUCCUCAUCGCCAGCAUCUCCUGGCUCAUCUGGUCCUCCCUCAGCCCCUCGGCCAAGUGGCAGCGGCAGGACCUGCUCUUCCAGAUCUGCUACGGCAUGUACGGCUUCAUGGACAUCGUGUGCAUAGGCCUCAUAAUCCACGAGGGCUCGUCCGUGUACCGGAUCUUCAAGCGCUGGCAGGCUGUCAACCAGCAGUGGAAGGUCCUGAACUACGAGAAGGCCAAGGACCUGGGCGACCCGCUCAGCUCCAGCAGCAAGGCGGGGGGCCGCGCCGGCCGUGGCAACGCCCCCCACGGCCUGGGCAGCGGCGGGGGGCCGGGCGGGGUGGCGGGCGUGGGGGCGGGCCGCCAGAGCAGGAGGCUCAGGACUAUUCUGAACCAGCACUGUGGCUACACCAUCCUGCACAUCCUGAGCCAGCUGCGGCCCCACGACCCCCGGCUCGGCGCGGCCGCCAGCCGCGAGGUGGUGAUGAGGGUCACCACCGUGUGAGGGCCCCCCACAGCGCCGCGCCGGCUCAGGGCCACAGACUCAGUGACACGAGGCAGCAGCUCCAGGCCCGUCUGGACGAGGGGCCCGUCUGGAGGGCCACGAGACGCUACGACCCGGACCGGAGGAUUAUCCCAUCGCACUCUGCUCAGCCUGGUGCUCCUUUAGAGAAGAACUGAGGAGGGGGAGGCUGAGGGUGAUGAAGAUGAGGAGGGUGAUGAUGAUGAUGAUGAUGAGGAUGAUGUGGAUGAAGAUGAUGAUGAUAAUGAUGAUGAUGAUGAUGACGAUGAUGAUGAUGAUGAUGAUGAAGGUGAUGUUAGUGAAGGUGAUGGUGACGAUAGUGGCGAUGCCGAUAACAAGAACGAUGAUGAUUUCGGGGUGAUGAUGGUGGUGGUAGUGGAGGUGAAGAUGGAGAGGAAAAUAAUACGUAAGACAUCAAGCGUGAAAAUGUGAAAAGUUAAAAAAAUAAGUAAACAGGCUUUAUAUCCAAGAAGACCUUUUCCAGUUCAAUACCAGAAUGCACAAGACAUGGUCUGCAUCAUUUGAUCCGUUUGUUUGUAUCUUUUAUUUUUGCAUUGUUUUCUUAACCACUUUUCUUUUGGAUUUUAUGAUAAUCAUGUAACUUCAUACAUUUCCAAUCAGCAAUGUGUAAUUAUCUUACAAUUAUUAUCUUACAAUUUAUAAGAGCUAAUGAUUAACAGACCGACAACUGGGGAGCAAAACACAAUCACUCCACAAACGACAACACAACUACAGAGGUGUCCUAACAAAACACACCACAAACAACAGCAACAACAAAAACAAAUACAGAAGUGUACUAACAAAACACACCACAAACAACAGCAACACAACUACAGAGGUUUCCUAACAAAACACACCACAAACAACAUCAACAACACAAAUACAGAAGUGUACUAACAAAACAAACCACAAACAACACAACAACAACACACAUAAAGAGGUGUACUAACAAAACACACCAUAAACAACACAACAACAACAACACAAAUAAAGAGGUGUACUAACAAAAGACACCACAGACAACAGCAACAACAACACAAAUACAGAAGUGUCCUACAAAACAGACCACAAACAACAACACAAAUACAGAGGGGGCAUACACCAAAUAUCUCCGCAAUAACAAAACGUAUGUACAUUUCACAGGGGAUUUUGCAUGGGUAUAUAAUUUUAUCCUUCAUCACAUUACAUACGCACAUAACAAAUUUGCUCUAUUUCGAAUGGUGCUUGCCAAAAUGAACACUUUGAAACAUCUCUCAUUGCACCAACCUUUUGUCCAUGACAAAUGACAGUGUGUUACGGCUAUUUCAGCUAAAUACAGAAUGUUGCUGCUGUGUGCUGAUUUGAUAACAAGUAAACUAUUGAAUUAAAAUAGGGAUCAGAUGAUCUCUUACCAUUCAGUCUCAA